UCUUGCAGAAAACCAGUUCCCAUAAAAGGCUCACAGUUUAUAUACAAAACUACAUUCAGAGUAUCUCCGCCUUCCAAGGCAAAAGUUUUGUUGUAGGGUUACAAUGCCGUCGUCUUCAGCGGAGCAAGAAUUAGGGCAGAUUAGAGUAAAAAAGAAACCUAAUGGUACAGGGAGAAAGAAGAUUGAGAUGAAGAAAAUAGAGAAGAAUUCAAGCAGAAAAGUUGCAUUCUCCAAGCGACGCAAAGGCUUAUUCAAAAAGGGUAUUGAACUUUGCCGUUUAUGUGAUGCCAUGAUUGCGAUAAUUGUGCUUUCACCAAAAGGGAGAGUUUACAGUAAUGGCUACCCGUCUGUUGAAGGAGUGGUUAACAAGUUUCAGAGUGAGGAAGAUGAAGAACGACAACUAGAAGAGGUGGAAGAGGGCGGAGAAGAAGAGGAGGAGGAGGAGGAGGAGGAGGAGGAGUAUUGGUGGGAGGAGGAUAUAGAGGGACUUGAGUUGGAGGAACUAGAGAGAAGAAGAGCUCGCAUGGAGGAGUUGAGAUGCAAUAUGGCUUUGUCUCUUGAGGAGAUGAUGGGUCGUAGACUUCGUGAGAGGGACCUUCUGGGAAGUGAGAGGGUCUUUCCAAGUAGAUAAAAUUCCAGUUCAAUGAUCGACACUAUAUAGGUAAAAUUCCAGAUACAACGAUCGACACCACAUACCUUAAUAGUUUGAUUUUGAUAUAAUACCUAUAGAUUUUGAACUCAUGGUUUCUUCCCCUUAUUGCUUGAAUAUCUCCAUUUUUACAUAUCAAACUACGCCAUAGAUUGUUAGUAUCGAGUAUAUGUUUGGU